AUGCGCAGCGCACUUUUGUCAAAACCAUGUGCCUCUAGUAGUGAUCUACCACAAGUUCCCAUCCUUGAGCUAAUUCUGACAUUCUUCCCGCAAUUCAGGGGCUUCGAAAGGGGAUAUGUUCGAGGCUCAUUCGCGCGUGGCACUGCUGACUUUCAAUCCGACAUAUAUCUUCUCUGCGAGGUCUUGCCCCAAAGUUUUGCCUCGUUCAUCAGUCAGGCUCAUUCUUGCAUCAAAAGCCAGCAUUCAGCCGUUGCAGAUACACUGUUAGAUACCAUUGCAAAUGACUUUGGCGGCAUCAGUUUUAUAUACAUGCUCGAAGUCGAUGGCAACUUUUUCCAGCUCGACCUCUAUGUUACCUACCAGGGAAGACCAUGGAGUGAGAAAGUAGCUUUUCUCUACCGUCCACAUGAGGAAAUAGUCGAUCAGCAACUCAAACAAAUGCGGGACGUCAAGCCUUCCGUAGGCGACAUGUCGCUGGAGCUCAAGUCUUGGAUGUAA